AUUCAGAGGAAUAAAUCAGACCUGCUUAUAUUUCGGGAUUUUUACAUGGACCUACAGUGGAGACCAACCUUCAAUAUGAUAUGGAGCAUGGUCUAUACGGAUAUGCAAGCUGCUAUGGCUCUUUACUCAUUUAAAAACAACAUAACACAAACACGGAAGAAUGCCGUAUAAUACUGAUUUAUAAAUGUGUAAUGUCAACAAAGUUUAAAGAGGAAGCUAAGGAUAAGAUAUUAUUAAAACAAAAAACAAGCUUUUUAUCAGUGAUCCUAAAGGACAAAAUCACUUGUGUUUAAAAUCUAGACUAGAUGAAAGGAAUAAAACAAAUGGUUUGAGUAUGAGUUAACAUUUAUAACGUCACUAAACAAACUUGAAACCGGGGUUAAACUACUAAACUAAUCAUGAUAUCAGUAAUGUAUCAUAUUUAGAUAACUAAAGUGCUGUCGAAUAUCUGGAGACAUCAUCAUCGUUCGAAUUUUGCGUGUUAGAUAGUAGAAUACACAUGCAUCAUAUCGGCGCUUGAUCAGAGUGCGCUAAAUGAUUCAACACAAAGCUCUAGGCUAAAACGUUGAUUUUUACUUCUUAUCUCGGACGCCUUGAAUAUUAGAUUUUAGGAACAGGUUUAAUGAUUAAAUAUUAAAAAGUGUAUAAACAGUGCGAUAAAAUUAGUUCAUCAGCUCAUAUUGAAAAAGAGUGUUCGUAAAAUCUCAUUGACAUUGGAGCUAUUUUGUGCCAUUUUUUAUGCAAUUCAUAUGGAAUUUAGUCUGUAAAUUAAUCAUCUAAGUUGUUUUUACAUGAAAAGGAACAUAUAAUUGCACAUAACGAUAACAUAUAAAGUAACAUGUCAUCAAGGUCCGAUCGUUUAAAAUACGUUUACAUAUGUUCGAAAGUUUUCACUUUUGCAAUGGCAGUAACUAUUGCAUUUCUUACGUAUAUUAGACUUGAUUCAACAUUGCCUUGGAACAUGGACAUGAUUUUAACCGAGAAAACAAAUGCUUUGAUACAAAAGCUGUGCAAUGAAACAAGAUUCCCUGUAAAUGUAAACACGGAGGAAGAUUGGGGUCGAGUUGACUUGAACGAAUCAAUUCAUGUUAUUUCAGCAUACUACGUUCAGGAACGGGAAAGAGUGUUUAUCAUUGGAACAAAGCCUUUCUUUGAGGUUUCGGUUAUAUGUCAACUUUGGUAUACCAGUUUCAAAGAUAGCGGAUGGAAUGUCCAACAGACUAUUGCAAAUGUGGUUGCUCCGAUCGGAGCAACAGGGUACAAUUUCACAUCUACUAUAUAUGAAUGUAAAGUAGAAACGACAGAAAAACGACCCGAGUACGUAUCCAUUGUGACGUGUUCCUGUGAUAACCCAAGAAAUGUUCUAAAAGUACGGGAUGCGUCUAAACCAGACGGGUAUCAGCGUCGUUUUACUGUGUGCUUAUCACCAGUGUUUCAAUAUGAUAACAUUUUCCAGAUGGUUGAGUGGAUUGAACUAAAUAGAAUUCUUGGUGCUGAAAAGUUUGUAUUUUAUAACUACUCAACGGGAGAAAACGUUAAUAAAGCAAUAAAGUAUUAUAUGAAAUUAGGUUUGAUUGAUGUUAUUCAAUGGAAGAUACCAUUUAGUGAUAUUGGACGUAAUAUUGAAUACUUUGCUCAAAAGGCGGCUAUUAAUGACUGUAUAUACAGAAAUAAAAAUGUUUCUGAAUUCAUCGUCAAUAUUGAUAAAGAUGAGUACAUCAUUCCUCACUCAUAUGACAUUUUAACUUGGUCACAGCUCAUCGACACAUUUGACAAAAACUAUGCAGGUUACCUUGUGAGACACUCUUUCUUUCGUUUAGACUGGAACUUGAAGAAUCAAAACUUUUCUGAGAAACAUUUUGCAGAAAAAUACCGUUUAGUGACACUAACCCAUUUCGAACACGAGAAAAAAAUAUGGCCGCCUAACCAUCGCUCAAAAUAUUUUGCCCGAGCAGAAGUUGUUGAAUUCGGAAAUGUGCAUGAGAUUCCACGCGGAAGAAUAUUUAACGUGCCUCCUGAACUAGCACUACUUCAUCAUUAUCGAAAUAUCGGAAAACCUAAAGACAAAGACAAAGUUCUUGACUUUACAGUACUUAUUAAAUACGGAGACAGUUUGUCAAAAAAAGUACAAAAGACAUGGAAAGCUGUUUCUAUCGCAUAACUAGUCUGUUUUUGUUAUUAUUUAAGCAUACAAAGAUUACAAAAUAUAUUAGGAAAAUACGGAAGUUGGUUUCAGUCAUAUAUCAAACUUUUUUGUAAUCAUUUGAAAAUCAAAAAUGUAUGUUUCAUCAACCGGAACCAAAAUAUUUUGCAAUAAACGAAUAUAUCUAUUUGGGUAACUGAGUUAUGUUGACUCUCUACAUUACCACAUUAUAGGUCUAGGUAUAAAUAUGUGAUACCGUGACAUUUUGCUCUUUUUUUACUGUCAAGUUAAGUUAAUUUAGGAAUAUAGUU